AGGUGCAUUGUGGGAAACUCCCAAGUUUCCCCCCUUCCUCUGCCUUCUCCCUCCCUCCUCUCUGCGCAAGAGCCAGCUCCCAAGGUGUGACUGCAGGACAGAAGGUGCUGUAUCAUGCUCAGAUAGGACCCUGCCAGUGUGAGAAGCAUCCCAAGACAACCACUCCAAGGGUUUGAGCUCAGGUGGUUCCUCUGCCUUCUCCAGCAGCCAGGCAACAGAGGAGAGCUGGGAUAGCCCCGUGCACUGCAUCCAGCCACAACCCACAGCGCUCACAGAGAUGGAUUCCAAAGGCAACGUCCGAAGUGGGAACAAACCCGACGCCAAGGCCCCCAGCUCCGGAAAGCCAGAAAAGCCCAACCCUGCGCCUGCCACCAACGCAGACAAGAAGGAGGUCCCCAAAGAGCAGCCUGCUCCUGCCACCACCACCUCUGCCACCAAGAAGGCGGGAGGUGACACUGCCGUCGCGAACAACCACAGCAACCUGAAACCCAGCCCCGCUGCCACCGAGACACAAGAGGCCACCGGCCAGUCCCCUGACUCUGACCACAAGGGAAAUAGCUCCGAGGAGUCCCCAGGCAGCAUCUUCGACAACAUGAAGCCCUUGCUCAUCGUCGGAGGGGUGGCGGUGGCCGCGCUGGCGGUGGUUGUGGGAGUGGCGUUCCUAGCCCGAAAAAAAUGAAGAUGGAGACGGGGUGGGGAUGAGGAACCCAGCCCAGCUGUACAGCUCCUUUUGAGACCAAUGCAUGCAGAGAGAGUCUAUACAUAUCUCUAUAUAUACAUAUAUAUAUAGUGAGCUAGAUAGGUCAACAAACAACACCAACUGCAACUCCAAGAGUCUUGUUGAAGACAACUGUGCGGUUUGACCUGGUGUGGGGUAACUCCAUGCACUCAGUGUGUUCUUUCAUGUAAUAUAUCUUGGCUUCUACCACUGUGUAUAGAUUACAGCUUCUCCUGGUCAGUGUAAAUGACGGUGUCCCCUCCCCUCCCUUGAUGUCCUUCCUGGGAGACACCCUCACCUCUCUUGCAGUCCCUUGUUUUCAAGUCCAAAGUGUUCCACGUCCCAUCCAGAGUCUCCGCUUUGUCUUUUGGUUUCUGUUUGGUUUGCUUUGAAGUUGGGUUGUGGUGAAGAUGAUGUAAGGGAGGUGGAGCCUCGUGCUAAGACCCACUUUGCCUGUUGCUGUGUGUUGGGCUGGUGUUUAUCCAGCACCUCCCAGGGCAGGGGAAGCACCAGGCAGUCACAGGCUCCAUGACCAAACAGCAAAGUGUGAUCUCUAAUAGAUGUCUCAUGUACCUGCUGCUCAUCAACCCACCUGAGAAACCCAACUGGAAAGUGCCACAGAGAAAACAGGCUGAGACUGCAGUGUGGUAGAGCUGAGGAUGCAACUUGGGAUGUCACAUCAAGCCACUUCUCUGGCUGAGCUGCCAGUGGGGAGUGAGCAGAGGGGCUGUGCAGUGCCAUAAGCAGCACACAUACCUGGUGAAGCCCCAUGCUGACCUCAGGCAGGCAGGAGAUGCCAUCUACUUGGUUCCUUGCAUGCUGGCAGGCAGCCUUCAGGAUCCCAGGGCUCACCAAGGUCAUACGGGCAGUGUUUGGGAACAGAGAGACUUUGUUUUGGAUCUAGUAUUUCCUAGGUUAGGCUGGGCUUUGCAGGAUGCUGUGGCCUCAGCCCGAACUCCCUCGAGGUCAGCUGGACUCUUUAUGUUCAUUUCUUUGGGCUUUGGAUCAGGCCUUUCACCUGAUUUUUUUCCCUACUGAAGGCUGUGGUCUCUUGGUGCAUAAGAAGGUAGAAAAAGGGACCCAUGAGCUGGGUUUAGGGGCAGAGAGGACCUGGGACCCCAUGAGAAUAACACUGACUCUCUUUAUACUCUCUUUCCCCUUAAAUAGGGGAAACCCUAUUUAAGGGCUCUAGAUGCCUAUCUGCCCUGGGGGGAUUUCUUACCUCCGUCCUCUGACACUAGCAGGGAUUUGUGACUGCUCCACACUUUGGGAAUGGAAACAAAUUCCCUGCCCUUGGGAACAGCCUGGUUUCAUUGGUGAGUACCUGGGCUCUAAAGCCAGACCUUGUGAGGGGGAGAAGGAAGGCAGGCGAUGAGAGAGGGUGUUCAGUGCAUUGGCUGAUGCCAUUAACACCAAGAGGUGGGCAGAUCUUGGUCUGAAAGCUUCCAUUAGACUAUUCUUGGCUGCUGUGCUACUGCAAAAUAGAGUCUUAUGGUUUUAAAUUAGGCCAGAGCUUAGGAGAGGUCAGAAGUGUGGAGUCUCCAGAGCCCAGCAGCAUUUGGAGCUGAUGGGCAGGGUUUGGAAGGAUGGUUAGCAAGAGGUUGUGAUAGUGGAGUGAGUUCAGUUCAAGAGCCCACGUUGUACAUCUUUAGCUGAGCCUGGAUGUUUGAAUUCAGUGGGUGCAGAGCCAGAGAAAGGUCUGUGUUCCUCAGGUGCUGCCUUUGGGGUAUCUGCUGCUGGUUAGGGUGGUGGGUGUACAUAACCUGAUCUGGCAACUCUUCUCUUGGCUCUUAUCUGUCUUAUUUACCUCCAAGAAGCUGAAUGCACAUGGCUUCCCCAAACAAAAGGUCUUUUAAUGCAUCCUGGCCAUUCCUAUGGUGAGCUUUGCCAUCCUCUUUUCCCCAAGGCUUGUAAAAUAUUCCCAAAGCUGCAUAGAUUGUGGGAUUAUUAGAUGCUGUCUUCUGAUGAAUCACAGGCUGUGUGCAGCUGAAGUUUAAUGCCUACCUCUACCAGAACAGAGACAAGGGGUGGGCAUGUUGGGUUUGGAACAAGUGCUACAGCACCCUGGUGAAAUCCUGGUAGCUUACAGCGCUCUUUGCAUGUGUUGUGGAUGUGUCUCCUAGUAGCACUAUGUCACUUACAGCCUGGAGAAUCUAUUUGGUUAGAAGCAGAAGGCUCCAUUGUGGGGUGUUUCUGUAAUGCCACUUUUCUCUAGAGAACUGAUUUCCCCUCAUCCUGUUUUGCAGAUGUUCAGAGGUUAUUUUGGGGGCAGAGAGGGGAGGGCAAACAAUGGCAAAGGAACAGGAAAGGUAUUUGGAAAGCAGAGAUGUGAGAGAACUCAGCUCAGAGGCAGUCCCAGCACAGCUCCCUUGCAGUGACUGCAGCAGGGCUUUGAAAGAGGACCCUGCUGGUGCCUUGCACAACCUCUUGCCAUGCUGGAGAGAGACCCCACUGCAUCCCUUGCACCCUGAUCUGUGUAUUCUGGUUCCCCCCAAGAGAAAUCUGGGUGCACAAACCAGAGGCCAACUGCAGUGCAGUCCUGCUCGGAACCUGAGCUCCAUGAUGGGAGGCCUUUACCUGCUGGGAAUAGAGUACCAUAACCAAACUACCAGGGUUUGGAUGUGGGGUGGCUAUUCCUGGGCUCCCCUUCACUCAGAUCUCUGAUGCACAAAGCUCUUGGCAGUAGGAAAUCUUUGCUUACGUUGCUCAUGAGGAAGGGAAGUUGGUCACUGAUGCUCUGAUUCGUGUUUUGCCAAAGGAGGGUGGUGAUUUCUGACAGUGAAUUCUGAUUUCAAGGGGAGGCCUGACUCCAAGAGGUGUUUCUACCUGCCCUGUCUGUUCCCUCCCUCUCAGCCCCAGCAUAUGAUUAUUUCCUUAGCAGUGUGUGACAACAUUACAGAUAGAUUCAUCUAUCUAUUCUGCCCUGGCCAGCAUAGAUAGAUACAGGGGAAGGAAAAAGAAACAACUGGUUUACUUUCUAAAGUCUCCUAUUUUACUGAACUUAAAGGUUUCUUUAUUUCCUUGACUUAACCUUUGGCAACAGAAGGGGGGAAACCCAGUUCUCAGCCACCAUGGGCCUUAAGCCGUUUCUGUCUGCCUCCAACCUACUGCCCCUGCUUUUAAAGCCCUCAGAUGCAAGGCCAAGAAUUUCAUCCAGAAACACACCAGAGAGAUGGUGAUGGGGCUGCAGCUCAUCACUGGGGUAUGUAACCACAUGUGAGCCCUCCUUAAGCACUGAACAGGGUAUGUCCUGUUCAUAAGGGGUUUUCCACUUACUGUGAUGGCUUAACAUUGCUGUCUGCUGUCCAGAUUUGCUACCUGGGACCCACCUCUUUGGCAGUUUGGUUUGGAACUUACCUCCGUGUGUGUGUGUGUGCGUGUGUAUACACCACCCUGCCUUGAAGCAUAUUCUGUGUCUGUAUGUAUACAUACAUAUAUGUGUAUAUUACUGCAGUCUGGGAGAGGGGGGGAACAGCUAACUUGGAGAUGCCCCUUCGUUUGUUCCCCUGCAUUCACACCAAGUGUCUGUGAUGUCUUUUGUUGUGCCAUUCACACCAUGCCAUGCAGCACCCGGAUUCCUUUUCAGUCCUGGUUUCUUCUCAGUGCAAAGAAUGUAUGGCUAGUGAACUGCUGAAUGUAUGAUGUGCCCAUUGUGCUAGAAGCUCAAAAUUCCUGUUCCCCCUCCCUGAAUAGUCGUGUGGGCUAGUUGCUUUAAAACAAGGCACUUUUAGACUAUACUGAAUUAUACUGGACUGUGUUGUAGUGCUUUUUGAAGUGUGGGUCUAGUGUUGAUUUGAGUCAGGUAGAUCAAGUGUAGAUGCCAUACAAGCCCCUAAGCACGCAGCUGGGGCAAUGCACUUCAGUCCUGACUUGCAAACGACACCCUCUUAGCAAACACCUCCUGUUCUGCCUUAAUGUGCCAGCCUGUGCAGUGGUUUCACUCUGAGAUAAAACACAUCCAGUGAGAAGUAGGCUGAGAAGAGCAAAUUCACCCCUCUCAGAACCGAAGCUGAAACCAAACCUGUGGAAGCAGAGGCUUAAAUGAUUGAACUCGCUGUGCUAAAUAAAUAGUUGUCUUUUCUCGUACUGAGCACACGCCGUUAUUUGCUUGAUGUUCUUCUUUGUGUGGUGUUUGUGAUAUGAAGUCCUUCUAGUGAUAUCUCCGUGUGGAGAAUGAAUUAAUGCUUAACUCUAACCAGAUUCUGUGUUUGGGGUUUGAAGAGAUCUAGAUUGCUAGUUUACUCCUUUGAUUAAGUCUAUAAAUUAUGAAUUUGAAGACAUUGUAGCUUAUCACUAAAACUAGAGAUUCAAUUACUACACCUGAUCUCAAUCUGUUUUUAAAGAGCCGUAAGUUUUAGUCAACUAUAAAGAUGUCAUUAUGUUCUCUUGGGCAACUUAGUAGAAGGUUUUUUGAUGCUUCUAGCUUUAAGAUGAAAUGGAUCACACUUCUGCUUCCUCUUUCUACUAUGGAUAAGUCCUGUUAUUCCUAUUAAGUUCUGCAGCAGGAUGCAAGCAAAUCUGGAAGCUGAAGGAUAAUGCAGCAGUGUUUUCAGCAGGGUAAGAAUGCUUUCCUGCAGGUGCUGUUCACCUCAUGCUUAAAGCACUGGGCAGGCACUUGCCCUGAAGCACUGCUUUGUUCCCUUAGAUUGAGUGAUAAGUUAAAAAUGGUUUUAUGUCUCUGCUGAAUCAGAGUUUAGGAGUUGAUCCGUGGGCUACUGAAAACAAGUUUUCCAUUGGCUUCACCAUAUUCUGCUCAGGCCUUUGAGGGCACCAGGGAUACAAUUGCAGGUCACUGUAAAAUGGAAACUCAUCCCAAUGGCAUGGUUUCUUUUUGAACUGACAAAAACGUUCCUUAGUCCUGCUGCUGAAUGUAAGGAAAGUCUUUGGUCUUACCUCACAACCAUGCUUACACCUACAUUAAUGUUUGUGUAUAGACAACAACAGCGUAACUAAAACCCCAGGAGCUGGUGAGAGAUGAUUUCUGCCUUAAAAACUUCCCUUCCUUUCCUGGAACUGCCACUGGGGUUUAGAAGUCAGCAUCCUUCUAUCUAUUCUUGGAAUUGGCUGGAAUGAACAGUCCUGAAGAUGUGAGAGGAAACUUAUCCUUCAAGAAACAAACCAAAGAAGGAAGGCAAUGACAAAAUGUACUUGAGAGGUGGAAUUCUUGGAAUUUCAAUCAGCUCUACACCGAGAUUCAAGUCAGUGCUUCUGAGAGGGUACAAGAAAAGGUAGAGAGAUAUGCAGAGAAGAGAGAACAAUUUCACCAUCUUCACAGUUUUGAUAAGGACGCAUUAACUUUUAUACCCCAUCCACUUCUAUUUAUUUUUCUUGGACAUAAGGAAAAACGACCAAUUCUGAUUCCACGCAAGUUAACAUUUGCUAACUGACUUUUCCAAAGGAAUUUUUGCUGCCUCUAUUCGAUGUUAAAGGGUUUGUGAAGCAAGAAAAAGACCUGAAGUUUUCUACAACCAAUUUUGUAUGAUUAAAGGAAAUUGCAAGUUUAUGGCUUGGGCAUUUCGAAGUGCUGUGUUCCGUUUUUCACAUACUAAGAGGACUGAAAAUCCAACCUAUGUGCACUUCCAUCCUCUUAGUCUGGGACUUCAUGUUAGAGCAGGGAUGCUGGUUCCCUUCCCAGGCCAUGUAGCAUCUUGCUGCUGUCUCAUUCCCAUCAUCAUGAAGCCAGGAGACAUCUCCCAAGGCACAGGAGCAGACAACCACAUCAUGUAAUCUCUUCACCAACUGACUGCAGUUCUGCUUUACAGGUUGGGCACCUCCCCUCAUGAAGAGAAUUGGCUUUGGUCUGGAUAAUAAAAACUCUAUAUCUAAGUUGAACUCUCAGUGCAGGAGGCUGGAAGUGGGAUGUUUCCUGUCAUUAACACCCAGAGAUGUCCUUCACUCUUUCAGGGAUAAAGCUACUGAUGCUGAAGAUGUGACCUGGGCUUCCUGCACGUUUUAGGUCUUAGGAGUGACACUCCGUUGACAACUCCACUGCAAAGAGUGAUGAAGCCUGUGCAGCAACUUCCUGGGCUUCCAUACAGCCCAUGUACUUCAGGAUUUAUGCUUUGCAGGUUAAAGAAGCCAGGAGAGGGCGAUGAGAUGAGAGCAGUGUCUGCUUAGUACUAUGGAUCAAAUAUUGCUGCUCUGGGCUUUUCAGCUCUAUUUCUGCCAUUUUCAGCUCUCUCUUUCUGUUUUAUGGACUUUUCAGCCCAUCAUUUGUCCCUAAAUAUUUCUCCUGCAGUGUUUUUGGCCUGUUGUUCUCUUCAAAAACUGUCCUGCCCUGAUUCAGCUGGUGAUUAGUUCUCUCCUGAAGUUUAUCUAUUUGAAGUAGUAUUUAAUCAUUAAUGGGAAGUUAUCUUUUAAGUGUCAAAGGGCACAGAACAAGAUAUCUGAGCUGUUGUGGUGAAUACAUGGUAAAAGUGAGAGGGUAUUUAACUUAUGUUCAUGGAACAGAAGGUAGUUAUACAGAAAGCUGAUCUUGAGCUAGAUCAAUUCGAACUGAGCAGCCCAGACGAUGACACAAGGAGCUACUGAGGUUACUGCAAUUUAACUGAGACCUUGGCUUGGAACAUGCCCUGUGUGCCAUUCAGCUGGACUUGCCUGGGUCUGUCCAACACUAUUUUCCUAUCUCUUUUAUUGCAUCUUGCUGUGGUCAGCCCAGAUCACUUUACCUUGACUGGCCCUGGAGAGUUUAAUCUGUUGAGCAAAGGGGUUUUAAGAUGACUUUUUUCUCUCUUUGAAGAAAGAGAAAGUCCAGCCCUGUGGCUUGUUUUCCUUUUUAAUGCCCAAAUUCCUCGGCUGAAGAUGUCAGAUCUGGCUCCAUUGGUUUCUGGAGAUCUGAUUAAUUUCUUAUCCUUCACUGCUUCUUUGGCUACUGCACCGUAUUCUCUUUCCCUACUUUCAUCCCAGGCAACUCUGCAGAUGUGGCCUCUCCACAGCUAGGCACAAACGCUGCCCCAAGGCUGAGGCAGAUGUUGGGUGGCCCCACACGAAAGACAGAGGCAACGUUCAGUCAGAGAGUACUGCAAGAGCAAUGCAGAAUGUGUGAAGCUUUCAUCUGCCCUAAUUGCUAAGGCUUGAGGGUCUGAGUCUGCAAGAUUCUUAGCGCUCUUAUCUGCUACUGGAGAUCAGCAGAUGAGGAAGCCACAGCUGGAAGGUCCUUUUCUUAUCUUUGCUUUUUCAUGUCAGUCACUGCAUGGCCACAAGCUCUGCUCAGAAUUGAAGCUGCUGCCACUCAGGCAGGAGGUGUUCUGGCUGCUCAAGAGAUGCUGACACAGCGUGAGCACACAUUACACUUGGCUAAAGCCAGUGCUGCUUCAGUCCUCCAGUUACUGGAGCACCAGAAACACAGAGGAGAGAGAUUCUCAAGUGCUCAAGAGCUGGUUCUCAGCUGAUGUCCACCACCUGCAUUUCUGCUGGCCUUGAAGAAGCAGGUCCUGUGCCAGGGCCUGCUGCAGGAUUGAGGAUGUGGAAGACUGCAAGGAUGGAGGAUGCAGAAGACUGCAAGGAUUGAAGAUGCAGAAGACUGCAAGGAUUGAAGAUGCAGAAGACUGCAAGGAUUGAGGAUGCAGAAGACUGCAAGGAUUGAAGAUGCAGAAGACUGCAAGGAUUGAGGAUGCAGAAGACUGCAAGGAUUGAAGAUGCAGAAGACUGCAAGGAUUGAGGAUGCAGAAGACUGCAAGGAUCUUUUGGUGUGAAUGGGCUGCUCGGGUGUUACCACUUGAUGAAGUAAUGCAGGAGUUCUGGGCCUUGAAAAUUCACACUUUGUUCAACUAACCAUGCUGAUAAGCUGGUAUCAUAAGCUUGAAAGAUUAUAGUUGCUGGCUUUCCAAAUACAUGAGUUUGGUUCUACAAUUUGCUACAGUUCUGAUUGCUGCUCUGGACAGCAUGUGCUCUGCCUGGGUGCUCUGGCAUGCAGUACCUGGGGACUUGUGCUCUCCACUCUGCUCUUCAAAUCAAACAGUUGUUUUGGGUUUCUUUGCUGAAAAACAUAACGUGGGUUAAAUAGAAUCAUAGAAUAGUUAGAGUUGGAAAGGACCUUAAGAUCAUCUAGUUCCAACCCCCCUGCCAUGGGCAGGGAAAAUAGGAUUUGGACAACGUGUUACUCUUGCUCCUGUUUCUCUUUCAGUUAAUCCCAGCUUGAAAUUCACAGAUGACUCCACUAUUCUUUCAUUUCUCAGAAUGCAGAGCCCUGGUGCAGCAGAGCAAGAAUAAAGCAAUGGGUUCUUUCUGUCUGUGCACGAUGAUGCUUCAAUACCAAACCUCCCACCAGGAAACCUUUAAUCAUCUCUGCAACUGUACAGACCUGCAUUGUAUCCCUGGUUUUGCUACGGCAGCUUCAAGCACUCAAGUUUCUGGGGUGAUUUGAUAAGGACAAGGGUGCCCAUACGAUUUUGUCAUGUUUAAAACCAACCAACAAGUGAAUAAUUUGGCUUUCUUAAGUUUUGAGCAGCCCUUCUAAAGCCUGGUGCCUUUACGAAGUCAUUGCUUAGGACCAUUUCCAUUGAUAUCUAAGAGUUGCAAUCUCUAUUCCCCAGUGAAAACCAACUCUCUUCUAGUGGUAGGUGCAGGUUGAUAACAAAUUGGUGGAGCAACUAAAAUAGUAGGAAGGGAACGUGAAGGUCAGAUUACAGGGGAUUUUGAUUCUUUUCCUUAUGGUUUGCUUGGAUUCUGUUGCUUUUCCAGGGACUGAUCCAAAGCCCUCAGAAAACUCAUGCCGGUAGCAGGGAAGUGCCUGCUGUUACCUCAGAGGCAUCUUCCCAAUGGCAUCAGUGGGUUUUGAGUCAGCCCCUGCAUGUGUUUUCUAAAGGAUAGUGAUUUUCAGAGCAACACCUUGAUUUCUUCCCUGUACAAACACACUUACUUGUCACUUACACUUCUUUACCUGUGUUCAACAUACAGGUUUGGUUUGGUUUUUGCUUUCAGAAACAAUAUGCUGCUAAGACACAUUUCCUGGAGGGAAAUGGACACCUACCUACACACAAAGCUACCCAGCGAAUUUAUACCUUGUUGAAUUUAUAACCUUGUCUAUGCUUCUAUGGACACUUUGUAUGGGCUGCAGCUCAAAUCCUAAAAUAGUCAAGAAUUUUCCUUUCCCAUAUAGUAUUCUAUUUACUUUGACUUUGAACAAAAAACAAGCGUAUAAAUGCAAUAAUGCAGGUAGACUAGAAAUACUAGAUUGAAAAUUAAAGUAGUUUAGCUUGUCCCAUUGUGACUGACAGUGUUGUACAACACCCAACGCUGUACCCAACCAUAUUCCAGGCUUUCUAUGUAGCUGAAUCUAGUAUUAGCUUUGAAAACCCAUUGUAUGAGUGGUGGGUGGAUGGGUUUGGAAACGUGUGCUCUCUACACACUGUAUGUUACUCACAUCAGAAGCUGUAUGGCCACUCCAUAUGCUGUGAAACUGUAAAUGAUUCCCAGUACACCUGUAACUCUUUACCAGGAUUGUGAGAAAUAAACUAUAUACAGAGAUAUAUAUACACA